AUGUUGUACGAUCAGGACGCAAGCAAGCCGCUCAACCUCCUAUCGACAGGUGUAAAGCCUCUCAACUAUAACCUCAAAAUCUUCAAUAUAGAAUUUGGGGGAGAAUGGACUUAUGAAGGUCGGGUUAUAAUCGAUGCAGAAGCCAUUACUCCUGCAGAUCGACUUGUUAUCAACGCCUACCAGAUCGAGAUACCUCGCUCUGAAGUGUCAUUUGACCUCAAUGGAUCCGCUUUGACAUACUCGGCUACGUCGAUAGUCUUCAAUGACGAUGAUCAGCAAGCGUACAUAUCAUUUCGUGACGCUAUCCCAAAAGGAUUCUUUCAAUUGAGUAUACCAUUCAAGGGGAGAGUAUCCCAUUCAAUGACCGGCUUUUGCCGUGCUAGAUAUGAGCUACAAUCCGACUCCAGCACGGCAGUCCAGGUCGGAAAGUAUCACUGGCAGUUAACGACCGACUUUGAGCCUUGCGAUGCAAGAAAGGCCUUUCCUUGCUUUGAUGAGCCUCAUAUGAAAGCAACCUUUGAGCUUGAAUUGGAGAUCCCAUCAUCGUUGACGGCACUAAGCAACAUGCCAGAGAAGGCAGUGCAUCUACUUGAUGGAUCUCCGAAUGGUUUGAAGGCUGUGCGCUUUGAGAAGACCCCCAUCAUGAGCACAUACCUGCUAUGCUGGGCUAUAGGUGACUUCGAGUACAUAGAAGCAUUCACCAAAAAAGAGCAUGCGGGCAGGAGAAUACCCGUUAGAAUCUACACUACUAAAGGUCUCACACGAUAUGCCGACUUUGCAUUACAAGACGCUUGCGACACGCUCGAUUUCUUCAGUCAGAGUUUUGGAGUCGACUACCCCCUGCCCAAAUGCGAUCAUCUCGUGGUCCACGAGUUUAUUUCGGGGGCCAUGGAGAAUUGGGGCUUGAUCACUUACAAGCCAACCAAGAUUCUGUUUGAUCCGUCUACUUCAGACAAUCGGCUCAUGUCCAAAGCUUCCUAUGUCAUUGCACACGAGUUGGCUCAUCAAUGGUUCGGCAAUCUGGUCACCAUGAGCGGCUGGAAUGAACUCUGGUUGAAUGAAGGCUUCGCAACGUGGGCAGGGUACCUUGCGGUAGACCAUCUCCAUCCUGAUUGGAAUAUCUGGGGUCAAUUUGUGGGCGAAGCUUUAGAAGAAGCAUUUGCGCUGGAUUCCCUGAGAUCCACCCAUCCCAUAGAGUCACAAAUUGAAAGCGACUCCCACGUUCAUCAAAUGUUCGACAGCAUCACCUACUGCAAGGGCAGCGCCGUCAUCCGUAUGUUGGCCGGCCAUAUUGGUCAGGACAACUUCUUGAAAGGCAUUGCCGCUUACUUGAAAAGCCGCUCAUACCAGAACGCUACCUCGAAUGACCUCUGGCAAGCCCUGUCUGCAGCAUCUGGUGUGGACGUGGCAUCAGUUAUGGAUUCGUGGAUCCAUGAAGCCGGGUUCCCCAUUGUCACUGCUGCGCCAACUUCCGAUGGACUUUGCUUGAGUCAAAAACCAUUUCUCGGGCAGGACGCUCAGCGAAAAGAUAUUUGUUGGCAAAUCCCUCUGGGACUGGGCAAGGAUUCUUUGGCAGCCGCGGAUGAUAUCCUUGCUGCGGAUGCAGGCAGUGUCAAGCUGCUCCCUUGCCUUCCGAAGCUGAACAAAGAUCACGCUGGCUUUUAUCGGACUGAAUACCCUCAUGGCUACCUUACGACGCUUACUCGUUCAUCCUCAGGGAUGUCCUCAGCUGACAAAGUUGGCAUCAUUACGGAUAUGGCAUCGUUGGUUGUUGCUGGGUUGAGAACAACAGGAGAACUGUUGUCUUUGAUGGGGGAGUUCCGACAAGAGAAAGACUGCUUCGUCUGGUCACAGAUUAGGAAGACUGCCGCAGCAGUUAUUUCAUCCGUUUCCAGCCAGCCGGAAGUUGUCACAGGCCUCAAGGCUUACAUCCGGCAACUUAUGAGAUCAAUUAAGUCUCAGAUCAGCUGGACCGGCUCUGCUGACAGCUACGUCAAAGGCGAGCUGGAGAGAAAUUUGAUACAGCUAGCCGCACUGGCUGACGAUGAAGAGGUCCUUGGCGAAAUCCAGCAACGAUUCUCUCGAUGGAGUAAUGGAGAGAAGGACUUGAUCAACCGCAACCUUCAGGCUCCUAUCUUCGGUGUCUCGGUUUCUAGAGGCGAGGAAGAGGAAUACCAUGCUAUCAAAGCCGAAUAUCUCAGAAACCAAACCAUUGAUGGACGCGAGAUCUGCAUCGCUGCUAUGGGAAGAACGAAGAUUCCAGCCAUGGCACGAGAUUUCCUGGACUUCACAUUCUUGACCGAAGACCAUAUCACACUACAAAACGUCCACUUCGUGGGGAUGGCCUUGGGAAAUGGUCCCUGUGCCGAAGUGCUGUGGGAAUACGUAAAAGAAAACUGGAAUGCGGUUUACGAAAGGCUCCGAAUCAACAGCGUGGUUUUUGAAUGGUUUGUCGACAAUGCCCUCAGCAGCCUCGAUAGCCUGGAGGUGGAAAGCGAGAUUUCUCAGUUCUUUGCAGCGAAAGGCCUUCUAGAGAUGAAGCAUCCCAUUGAUAUCGUGAGGGACAGCAUAAGGAGGAAUGCAGCAUACAAGGCUCGGGCAGGGGCAGAAGUGUCGCAAUGGCUGAAGGAGAAUGGGUUCCUGAGACCAGAGACCUUCAAGUUAUAG